UAAACCUACAAAUCUGUCAAACUUGUUACGUUGACGUUUUUGCGAAAAUCCUUUCUUUAUUUUAGUGGAAUUAUAAUAAACUUUACAACGGCCUCCGGUAACGGGUCACCGUCGCGAGUACAGCGGAGCGUCGACCGUGAUGUAAGGGCUCGCGGUGACGAGCACUCGCCUAUGUCAGACUCCCAGACACAGGGCCCUGAGGCCAUGACAGAAAGACGUCCGUUCUUCUACCCAGACAGCAGCAGUGAUACGGAGGAGUACAGAAGAGACGAGGAACGUCGCAAGCGAUUAUCGAAGCGCACUGGCCCGAAUAUCCGAACGCGUCCUACGAUGCCGCCGAAGAAUUUGAGCGCGAAUAAUCCUACACCUUCGACGUCUACUGCUCAGGAACCGCCAAGAAAUGGUCCGAAGAGUCAAAACCAGCUUGGAGAAGACAGGAUAACGCUCGUGGUGGAUAAUACGCGGUUCGUGGUGGAUCCGGCGCAGUUCACAGCUCAUCCUAACACUAUGUUGGGCAGAAUGUUUAGUUCUGGCCUAGAAUUCACGCACCCCAACGAGCGCGGCGAAUACGAGGUCGCCGAAGGUAUAUCAGCGACCGUCUUCCGAGCCAUCCUGGAGUACUACAGGCUGGGCAGCAUCAGGUGCCCCCCCACUGUCUCCGUGCAGGAGUUGAGGGAGGCCUGUGACUAUCUGCUCGUGCCUUUCGAUGCUAAUACUGUUAGGUGCCAGAACCUUCGAGGGCUCCUCCACGAGCUAUCAAACGAGGGUGCCCGCCGUCAGUUCGAGUCCUUCCUCGAGAGACUGAUACUUCCCCUCAUGGUGGAGUCAGCACAGCGAGGGGACAGGGAGUGUCAUGUAGUAGUGUUACUGGAUGACGAUUCAGUGGAGUGGGACGAGCAGUACCCCCCGCAGAUGGGGGACGAGUACUCCCAAACCGUGCUGUCUACUCCUCUGUAUAGGUUCUUCAAGUAUAUUGAGAAUAGGGACGUAGCCAAACAGGUAAUGAAAGAGCGUGGUCUAAAGAAAAUCCGUCUCGGCGUCGAAGGUUACCCGACUUACAAAGAAAAGGUGCGGAAACGCCCCGGGGGACGAGCCGAAGUCAUCUACAACUAUGUCCAACGCCCCUUCAUACACAUGUCCUGGGAAAAGGAGGAGGCGAAGUCGCGUCAUGUCGACUUCCAAUGUUUUAAGUCGAAGUCGGUGACUAAUUUGGCGGAGGCGACCGCGGACCCUGUGAUUGAAUUGGACGCUAAUAGGGUCAGGGAUGAGGAGGUACCUGAGCCUGUUCCCGAACCUGAGGUGGAAGAGGCUCAGUGAUCAUCAGGCCGCUCCUCGAGAGCGGUAGCGCGGGUUCUAACAGGAUUACUUUGUUGGCUCUGAGGGUACCUCUAUGUGUGAUGUGGGCGCAUUUCUGAACGGAACGCUAGUUUGAAUCGAGUUUGAAUUUCGAAUUUUAUUAGAAGCCGGAGUUGAAACGGCGAUUUGUAAUUGGAAUUCGGAGUUUGAAAUUGGAAUUCUGUGUUUUGGGGAGUUGAAACUCGGAUUUGUAAUUGGGAUUCCGAGUUUGAACUUCGAAUUUUACCACAAUACGAAGUUUGAAAUUGGAAUUGUGUUUGCGAGGGUUGAAACUCCGAUUUGUUUGAGCUUCGAAUUUUAUAUGAAACUCGGAGUUUGAAAUUGGAAUUGUGUCUGUUUAAGUUUGAAACUCCGAUUUGUGAUUCGAAUUUGGGGUUUGGAAGGUUGGAAUUUAAUUUUGUUUUUGGAAUUCGGAGUUUGAGAUUGGAAUAAUGGUUUUUUGGAGAGAAGAUCUCCGAUUUUAAUUGGAAUUCGAAGUUCGGAGUCUUAUGUGGCGAUUUCGAAAUUGAAAUUCAACUAUUGGAAAAUGUAACCCACUCAUACAUAGAUAAACGUCAAAAUAAAGUGGAAAAGUGUCGCGUUUAGGAGGUGAGAGACUUUUGUACUUAUACGCACAUAUUGUACGGUAUGCUUUGGUACAGUGGCGUGCAUUGAAAUAGGUACAGUUUUACACUGGCGUGCAAAUAAAAUGGGUUAUUUGGGAUUGUUGCGAGUUUUUUGUAAUGGAGCGAUUUGUAAAGGCAGGCUAGUUCAAAAAGUAUUUUUGUGAACUUAUUAGCCUAGAAAGAUGGUCUGAAUGUACUUAUGGAAAAUACAAAUAACAAUAAUAUGUAAAUCUAUUCCAUUGGGUGGUGACUCAUUUUUGAAAAUUAAUGGAUAGGUACUGUAUUAUUACUUAAAUUGCAGUCUAAAAUGUGACGUAAAGUUGAUUCUGUGAUAAUAUGUCCAAGUGCCCAUUUUUUAUGCAAGCCAGUGUAAACUGUACUUUGAAAAAAAAAACCUAGUUAACCGAAAUAUACUUACGUGUUUAGAAGAACAUUUUAUUUUACGAUAUAGUUUUAUUCUAUGUCUUUACUCGUUUUUUUGGUUAAAUAAAAUGGAUGGAAAUGGAAAAAAAAAACAUGUUCAAUCAUUUUGAGUAAAUAAUGUCUUUGUUGGUAAUGCACCACUUUUUAUGAUUUUUUGGAAACGAAAAAUAGUGUACUUUAAUGAGUACUUCAGUGAUUUCAUAUACGACACUCACUGGUUCAAACAUGUCGAAAAAUAUCUUUUAAGCAUUUUAUUCUGAAAUUCUCGAAAAAUUACAGAUGUUGAUUUUUUUUUACAAUUAUGUACUAUCGACCAAUGACAUGUAUGAUCCAAUUUGUCGAAAAUAUCGUUGGAAACUGUCAAACAUUACUCUUUUACGGUGCAAAUCGAAUUUCGACCUUAUUGUGUUUAUUUUUGGUCGAUAUUACAUUAAAACAAAAAUAUACAGCCUUUCUACAAAAACUUAAACACCUUUUGAACACUUAUCUAAAUAAAAAAGUGUGGCUGCAAAACGGACCUUAUUUCAACGUCAUAGUCUGGCAUAUUUUAGACAAGUGUUCAACAGACGUUUAAAAGUUUUUGUUUAAAUGUUUUUUUAAUAUAAAUACACUUGAAAUUUUACAUAAGUGGUGCAUUAACCUAGUCUUAUGGGGGCUAUCAUGUCUUAAGUUUGCUAGAAAAAUCUUACUAUAAAAAAAAAAUAAAAUUUCCAAGAAACUAUCGUGCAAAAUAAUUCGCUGUUUUAAUUAAAAUUAAAAACAAAAUGUACUGAAACAUUCCUAUAGAAAACUGGGCUAAUUAUUUUGCACGGCAGUGUAAGUUUCAAAUAUUGUUAUGCUCGUCUAAGCUGAAAUGACACAUUUACACACACUCAAGAAAUCAUUCGAUUGGUAUUUACUAACAAAAACUAUAUUCUUCUAUAUCUAUGGUCAAACCAACCACUGAAUCAUCGUCUCCCGAGCCUUUUCCCAACUAUGUUGGGGUCGGCUUCCAGUCUAACCGGAUGCAGCUGAGUACCAGUGUUUUACAAAGAGCGACUGUCCUAUCUGACCUCCUCAACCCAGUGUUACCAAGGGUUGCUCGGGUAAACCCUUGGUAAGACUGGUUGCCAGGCUUACUGGCUUCGGGCUACCCGUAACGACUGCCAAGGAUGUUCAAUGACAGCCGGGACCUCCAAUUUAACGUGCCCUCUGAAACACAGUCAUUGGUGUCUAAGAUAUACUUAGAAAGUACAUACAAACUUAGAAAAGUUGCAUUGGUACUUGCCUGACCUGGAAUUGAACACACACUCAUACUUGAGAGGUGACCGAAUGACCAAUUUUUAUAUGUAUUGCGUUUAUAUUAUGUGUGUGUAAAUGUAGUGUCAUUUUAGCUCAGUUGAGCUAUAGAUGCCCAACCUAUGUGUUCAGCAUCAAAAUUGUUGCGACUACGCACGGCUUAGCUAAUAUUUUAGUAGAAGGGUUUCAUUUUGCUUUAUUUAUUUUUUAAUUGAGCUUUUGCAAACAUCUUAAUGGUAAAUCUAGGUACACUAAUAUAGCUGAAUAUAUUCUUUUUUUGUACACAGUAAUCUCAGAAACUACUGGUCCGAUUUAAGAAAAAUAAUCAGUGUUAUCUGUAAACUUUCAAUCGCCAAUUAAGCUAUUAGCCUAGCCGUGUCGUAUUUGGUUAAACAUAACUAAUACUAUUAUUCGUCUUACUAAGCUUUUUGUACUUGUGUAAGUACAUUCGACAAAACAAUUAAAUAUCUGUAAUUUUUGUAUUUUUGUUUUUGUAAAAUUGUGUUUUAAUAACAAGAUCAUUUUCACAUAUUUUUUUCAUUGAAAAACUUAUUUUUUACUCAGAAAUGGAGCUAUUCGUCUGAGGAAUUAUUUUUUGUCGAUUGUACUUAAUCUAGAACAAUAUUUCUGAAUCUAAACACCGCAACAUUAAAAUAUAAUAAUAAUAACGAAUUGAUUAUUAUUCGUAAGACUAUUACUUGUAUUUAGAUUUUGUAAAACAACUAGAAAGUAAUUUGUACGGAACAUAUGUUAGAUUUUGUAUUAAAAUUAUACAUAUCUGCUGA